CGACCACGACCACGACCAACCCCGCAGAGACCACCACGACCACCGCCAACCCCGCGAGCAACACAACAUCUUCCACCCCACCAUCCGCGCAAGCGGCCAACAACGACGACGAUGAUUCCGACUUCGACGAGCUAGACGGUCCGUUUCCCCCGAUCUCCCAUCCCAUCCCAACUUUCUUUUUUGUUUUUUGUUCAAUGUGUUUUAACAGAAAGCGGGGUAACCGAAAACAGACGUCCUCGAUAACUUCAAUAAACCCGCUACCUCGACCACGCAGCCCCCUUCUGCUUCCUCUGCCUCCUCCGCUAAAGAUGCAACCGCCGCUACCGCCACGGACGAUGUCGAUCUCGACGAGGAAGCGUUCCUGAAGCAACUCGAGAAGGACAUGGCGAAUCUGAUGGGCGCGGGGGCGGGUGGUGACGCCUCCGGGUCAAUCCCCGAGGGUUUCGGCGAUGAGGAGUCCCUCGACAAGGAUGCGGAGAUGUUCGCCAAGUUACUCGAGGAGGGUGGGGUGUCGGCGGAGGAUUUUUUGAAGCAGUUGGUUGGGGAUAUGAUGAAGGGGGAGGCAGGGAGUGGGAAGUCCAGUGGUAGUGGGAGCAGCGGUGGCAGCAAGAAGAAGAAGAGUAAGAGCAAGAAGAAGGGUAGCAGUGGUGUUAGCGGUGGUGGUGGCGCGACGGCCGGAGAAGCGUCCGCGACCAAGAGUGCAGCUGAUGCAGCAACUGAUGCAACUGCAACUGCUGCUGCUGCUGCGGCGACACCGGAGACCUUCAACGAUACCAUCCAACGGACGAUCGAGCGGAUGAAGGAGUCCGGCGACAAGGCGACGGCCGCGGCCGAGGAAGAAGACGGAGACGCGGAUGACCUGGUGGCGCAGCUGAUCAAGGCGAUCGAGGCGGGCGCGGGCGCGGGGGGCGGCGACGGCGAUGACGCCGACCUGACCAAGAUGUUCCAGGGGAUGAUGGAGCAGCUGUCCAACAAGGAGAUCCUGUACGAGCCGAUGAAGGAGCUCAACACCAAGUUCGGCCCCUGGUUGGCCGAGAACAAGGCCGCCGGCAAGGUGUCCGGGGAGGAGCUGCAGCGCUACGAGAAGCAGGCCGCUGUCGUGGCGCAAAUCGUCGCCAAGUUUGAGGAUCAGGCGUACACGGAUGAGGAUCCCAAGUGUCGCGAGUAUGUGUGGGAGAAGAUGCAGGAGAUGCAAGCUUGUGGCAAUCCUCCGGAUGAGCUGAUUCCGGCGCCUAUGAUGGAGGAUCUCAUGGGUGGAGGGGCCGGGGCUGGGGCCGGGCCCGGGGCUCCGGACUGUCCGCAGCAAUAGAGCUCUGUUUCUUGUUCUCGCAAUGUUGGAUGCUGAUGUUGUUUGAUCGGAUGUUAUGAUUGCCGUUCUUCUGGCAUUUGUCUAUGUCUUGUACAUAUAUCCCUCUGUUUGCGCUCUCCUUAGACGUAUGUCAUGAUGGUUUGAUGUAGUGGCUAGCACCAGAAAGUAGUGACUCUGUGCGUAAAGGUC